AUGCGCGGAGAGCGAGUAGGUGGGAGUUUGGGUGAUUUGGAUAAUGGUGAAAGUGAGGGUGCGGGGAAAAUUGAGCACCAAGGGAGGGGCGCCAAUUGUGAACGGAGAGAAUGGUGGAGGUGGGUGAGGUUGCGUGACAGUGGGAGGCAGGGAGAGAAUGAGAAGAUGGUGAGUGUGGGUGAGAAUGAAGGUGAGGUAACCACGGGGCUAGGAGAAGAAAAUGGGCCAAGGAACACCACACGGGAAAAACUAAGUUGUAACGCGCCCCCUUCCAUUCUCCUCCUUCGUCUCUAUUCAAUUCUCUCUUGA